AUGGGUUGCCUCGGUCGUGAAAAGCAGAAGAAGGAGAAGGUUCUCCCCAAGAGCAAGUUCGGUCAGAUGCUCUUCACCGGACGCCAGAAGAUGAUCUUCUUCUUCUUCGUCUUCUACGCCUGUAUCGACAUCACCAUGCUCGGUCUCAUCUCUGAGCAGCUCCAGAAGUACGGCAACCUCAACACCCGUUACCCUACUCUGAUGUACUACCACGCUCUCGGUCUUGGGGCGAAGCUUCAGGUUUCCGCGGCUUUGGCUUUGGCUUGGGAAGCCACCGUCAGAACGCCAGCCGACGCAUCCCGUGCGCUCGAUGCCAUCACCGUGCAUGGCCCCUCUCGGCUGCGACAUUCACUCGAACGCCAAGCCGUCACCCAAGAAUUCGCUUAG